AUGACCGAAACAGCAUACGCACAUGGCAACGCCGCGUUCGCCCCUUUGGCAGCCAUCGAGGUGCCUUUCUCAUCCAUCCCACCGUUCGGAACAUCCGAAUAUGCCGACUUUCUAGCGCAUUACCUCUCGUCUGCUUUUGUCUUGAUUCGGGCUACACCGUCUUGGAAGAAAACCAAAUCGUUCAACACGGAAAUCGGAGGCCCAGUUCAAUGCAAGCUGCUUCCUAGUCCGUUGCAGCAGAUCGCCAAGAAAGGUUGGCAUCUGCGCGAGUCUCAACACGGCACCGAGAGCGCAUUGACCUAUGAUGACUUUCGCCGAUAUCUUCGGUUCGAUCACUCGAGACACGAAAAAAUGUUCAUUGACGAUAUUCAGGUAACCGAAUGCAUCACCAGACUCAAGCAAGACGAGGCCGAGAUUUGGCAUAACACGUACAAGUUACCCAUCGUGACUGCCGAUAGGGAUUUUGUGCAAAUGCUCUUGAGCAUCGAUCUUCCCCCGAACAAAAAGCCCUUCUCCGAGGAGCAUGAGAGCCAGACGCUGCAGUGGAUUCGCGAUCCGAAUCGUACGCUCACCCCUCCGCAGACAUCAGCUGACGAGCCAGUAUAUAGAUCUUUUGUCGUGAUCCAGUUCCCUGUCGAGCAUCCAGACGUUCCAGAAAUGCCCCCAAAAGUUCGCGGCGCCUACGCCAGCUUCGAAGCUAUAUCCGAACGCCCCGCAACGCACGCCGACGCAUCGUCAGCGAUAGCAGCCAAUCUUGUCGACUGGAAAAUGGCCGUCCAGUCCGACUCGAGAGGUCGAAUCCCCACCAUGAUGCAGGAAAUGGCCAUGCCAGGAGAAAUCGCUCACGACGUUCACGCGUUCAUCGGAUGGGCAAGAAAGUACAAGCUCGACCAUCCACCCACAGCUGACGGCCGAUGA